AUGGCUUCAGAGAGCGGUUUAAACGGAGAUUCAUCAAAUAUAGCAGAAGAGCUAUUUGGCUUUGCAGAUUCCUUUGACUACCUCUUGAUGUUCCUUGGGACUCUUGGAUCUAUUGGAAAUGGUCUUGGUUUCCCUAUUAUGACAAUACUGUUCGGAGAUCUAGUUGAUGCUUUUGGACAGAAUCAGACAGAUGUUACUGACAAAGUCUCCAAAGUCGCUCUGAAGUUUGUAUGGCUUGGAAUCGGUACAUUCGCGGCUGCUUUUCUCCAAUUGGCUGGUUGGAUGAUUGCUGGAGAGAGACAAGCAGCUAGAAUAAGGAGUAUGUAUCUAAAGACUAUAUUACGACAAGAUAUCGCCUUUUUCGAUAUCGAUACAAAUACCGGAGAAGUUGUUGGAAGAAUGUCUGGUGACACUGUACUAAUCCAAGACGCCAUGGGAGAGAAGGUGGGGAAAGCAAUACAGCUUGUAGCAACAUUUGUUGGUGGCUUUGUGAUAGCUUUCAUAAGAGGAUGGCUUCUAACUUUAGUCAUGUUAUCUUCAAUUCCACUUCUUGUAAUGGCGGGUGCGGGUCUCGCUAUCGUCAUUGCUAAAACAGCUUCUCGUGGACAAACCGCUUACGCGAAAGCAGCGGUUGUAGUUGAGCAAACAAUCGGUUCUAUAAGAACGGUUGCUUCGUUUACGGGAGAGAAUCAAGCUAUAAGCAAUUACAAUAAGCAUCUUGUCACUGCUUAUAAAGCAGGAGUCAUUGAAGGUGGUUCAACAGGAUUGGGACUUGGUACACUCUUUCUUGUAGUGUUUUGUAGCUACGCUUUAGCGGUUUGGUACGGAGGAAAAUUGAUCGUCGAUAAAGGGUACACAGGAGGACAAGUUCUUAAUAUCAUCAUCGCUGUUUUAACUGGUUCCAUGUCUUUAGGACAAGCGUCUCCUUGUUUAACCGCGUUUGCGGCUGGACAAGCAGCGGCUUACAAAAUGUUUGAGACAAUAGAGAGAAGACCUGACAUUGAUUCUUAUAGUACUGAUGGUAAAGUUUUGGAUGACAUUAAGGGAGAUAUUGAGCUUAAAGAUGUUUACUUUGCUUAUCCGGCGAGACCGGAUGAGCAAAUAUUCCGCGGAUUUUCGCUAUUUAUCUCGACUGGUACAACCGCGGCUUUAGUUGGACAGAGCGGAAGCGGGAAAUCAACGGUUGUUAGUUUGAUUGAGAGGUUUUAUGAUCCACAAGCCGGUGAAGUUCUCAUAGAUGGGAUCAACCUUAAAGAGUUUCAGCUAAAAUGGAUUAGAAGCAAGAUUGGACUUGUGAGUCAAGAACCGGUUUUGUUCACUUCAAGCAUCAAGGACAACAUUGCGUAUGGUAAAGAAGGCGCGACAAUAGAAGAGAUUAAAGCGGCUGCAGAGCUUGCGAACGCUUCUAAGUUUGUGGAUAAGCUUCCUCAAGGUUUAGAUACAAUGGUUGGAGAACACGGUACUCAGCUUUCGGGUGGACAGAAACAGAGAAUCGCAGUGGCUAGAGCGAUCUUGAAAGAUCCAAGAAUCUUGCUUUUAGACGAAGCUACAAGCGCGCUCGAUGCAGAAUCCGAGAGAGUGGUUCAAGAAGCACUUGAUAGAAUCAUGGUUAACCGAACUACGAUUGUAGUUGCUCAUAGACUAAGUACUGUGAGAAACGCGGAUAUGAUCGCCGUGAUUCACCAAGGAAAGAUCGUCGAGAAAGGUUCUCACACGGAACUACUAAAGGACCCCGAAGGAGCUUAUUCUCAGCUCAUUCGUCUACAAGAAGAGAAGAAUUCCGAUGAGAAUCCAUCGGACGAGCGAAAAAUGUCAUCGAUUGAAUCAUUCAAACAAUCUAGUUUGAGAAAAUCAUCUUUAGGCCGGUCUUUAAGCAAAGGAGGAUCAUCAAGAGGAAACAGCAGUCGACAUUCUUUCAACAUGUUUGGUUUUCCAGCAGGAGUCGACGGAAACGACGUAGCUCAAGAUCAAGAAGAGGCUACUACACAACCGAAAACCGAACAAAAGAAAGUAUCAGUUCUUAGAAUCGCUGCUCUAAACAAACCAGAGAUUCCGGUUCUUAUACUUGGAUCAAUAUCAGCAGCAGCAAAUGGAGUUAUACUUCCUAUAUUUGGUAUACUACUCUCGAGCGUUAUCAAAGCAUUUUUCAAACCACCUAAAGAGCUAAGAGACGAUACGAGCUUUUGGGCAAUCAUAUUCAUGGUACUUGGUUUGGCAUCCAUCAUCGCGUACCCGGCGCAAACUUUCUUCUUCGCAAUAGCUGGAUGUAAACUAGUGCAGAGGAUAAGAAGUAUGUGUUUUGAGAAAGUGGUUCACAUGGAAGUUGGAUGGUUCGAUGAGUCAGAAAAUUCGAGUGGAACCGUAGGAGCAAGACUUUCAGCAGAUGCAGCUACGAUCCGUGGUCUAGUUGGAGAUGCUUUAGCUCAAAUGGUUCAGAAUCUUUCAUCUAUAUUAGCUGGUUUGAUCAUUGCGUUCUUGGCUUGUUGGCAAUUAGCUUUCGUUGUCCUCGCGAUGCUUCCGCUUAUCGCACUUAAUGGCUUUCUAUAUAUGAAGUUCAUGAAAGGUUUCAGUGCAGAUGCAAAGAAAAUGUACGGUGAAGCGAGUCAGGUGGCGAAUGACGCAGUUGGGAGUAUAAGAACCGUUGCUUCCUUUUGUGCAGAAGACAAAGUGAUGAAAAUGUAUUCAAAGAAAUGUGAAGGUCCAAUGAAGACAGGGAUACGUCAAGGGAUAGUUAGUGGUAUUGGUUUCGGGUUUUCGUUCUUCGUACUAUUCGCUUCUUACGCUACUAGUUUCUACGUUGGUUCACGCCUUGUCGACGAUGGCAAAACAACGUUCGACGCUGUUUUCAGGGUUUUCUUUGCUUUGACAAUGGCGGCUAUUGCGAUAUCUCAAUCGAGUUCUUUAUCUCCUGAUUCUAGCAAAGCCGAUAUCGCUGCUUCUUCGAUAUUCGCUAUAAUGGACAGAGAAUCAAAGAUUGACCCAAGUGUUGAAACAGGAAGAGUGUUGGAUAAUGUUAAAGGAGACAUUGAGCUUCGUCAUGUUAGUUUCACAUAUCCAGCAAGACCAGAUGUUCAAAUCUUCCAAGAUCUUUGUCUAACUAUUCGAGCCGGAAAGACAGUUGCUUUGGUCGGAGAAAGUGGAAGCGGGAAAUCAACGGUGAUUGCUUUGUUACAGAGAUUUUACGAUCCAGAUUCAGGUGAUAUUACACUGGACGGUGUAGAGAUCAAGAGUCUCAAACUAAAAUGGUUGAGACAACAAACAGGACUCGUGAGCCAAGAACCAAUAUUGUUUAACGACACGAUUAGAGCCAACAUUGCUUAUGGUAAAGGAGGAGACGCAAGUGAAUCAGAGAUUGUUUCUGCUGCUGAGUUAUCAAAUGCUCAUGGAUUCAUCAGUGGUCUACAACAGGGUUACGAUACGAUGGUCGGAGAAAGAGGGAUACAGUUAUCAGGCGGUCAAAAGCAACGAGUGGCCAUAGCGAGAGCCAUAGUCAAGGAUCCAAAGGUAUUACUACUCGACGAAGCCACGAGUGCACUCGACGCAGAGUCUGAGCGAGUGGUCCAAGACGCGCUUGACCGGGUUAUGGUGAACCGGACUACGAUUGUGGUGGCUCACCGGUUAUCGACGAUUAAGAAUGCUGACGUAAUCGCCGUCGUUAAAAACGGAGUUAUCGUUGAGAAAGGGAAACAUGAGACUUUGAUUAAUAUUAAAGACGGAGUUUAUGCUUCGUUAGUACAGCUUCAUUUGAGUGCUGCUUCUUAA